AUGUACAGUUCCUGCUACACGUGUCGUCGCAGACAUGUCGAAUGUCAAAUGUCCCAGCCCCCGUGUAAAAAGUGCCAGAAGGCCGGGCUUGAAUGCCUCCAAAAGAGGCCCCUUCGCUGGGUCAAAGGCGCAACUUUCCGCGGCACUGCAAAGCCAUCCACAUCCACAGACACACCGCCAUCCAAGCCGAUAUCCCCUCCUCAGUCCGACUCCGAAAUGAAGAUUCUGAAUGGGGAAGAUCUGUGGCAUACCGGAGUCUUGGAUAGCCUCCUUCUCCGCACACCUUCAAAUUUAGACGAGCCCGUUACUCGAGGUCUAGACGAGGAUUCUCGAUACUACCUGAACUACUACAGAAAAUGCGUAUGCAAGCUGUUUGUCAUGUUCGAUAGCCAACGCAAUCCCCUCAGACAGCUCAUUCCCGCGGCCAUCGCCCAUCCCGUGCUGAUGGCGUCCGUCAUCGCUCUCUCAGCGCGACACCGAGCAAACGCUACCCAGACGUUCGAACAGAUCCAAGCAAGCGACUACUCCCAGGCACUGAAGCCUCGCUACAACGCUUCUUUGUACAAAUACCGGGCGAUCAAAGGGCUUUCGGAGGCCCUGGGCGACGGAACUACUUCGGUCGAUAUCUUGAUCAUCAGCGCAUUCUUGUUGAUUCUUCUGGAUCUAUUCGAGUCGGGAAAUGAUAAAUGGAAUUUUCACAUCGAAGGAGUCAAGAAACUCAUUGCGGGGAUUCAGAUUCCGGCGAGCUCGCGGGAGCUGGGAACAACCAUCCAAGGGAUGUGCGAAUUCGCUAUGCGACAGGUGUACUUAAUCGAUACUUUAGGCACGACCUUCACGCGUCCUGGGUUACUUGCCACCUCCGAGCCCAACCACCCGUCUACGGCCCUCCAGAUGAGCGUUGACAAGGCUUACUUGGGUUGCCCGGAAUACUUCCUGAAUGCUCUUCGGUCUUUCUCGGCAGCUAGGGACUGCCUGGCGAGCUCCGAAUGCCUUGACACCAUCGAUGCGUAUUCGCUGCUCCAAACCAUCCAGGUCUCACUGGAGUCUACGCAGAGCUUUGACUGCCAUGCCUGGGCUACGGAACUUGAGCCUUCUCUGUCGACUUUCACUGGGCCAGCACAAUCUCUCCCGCUUUUGGAGAAGUUAGGUCAGGCCUAUAAAUUGGGGACAUUGAUCUACGGUUGGCGUGUCUGCGAUGUGUUCACGGGAGACUCGACUCCGUUGGAGGACAUAGUCGGGGAGCUGAUCAGCACCGUUGCCGCGCUACGGAGCAAUGAGGCGCUGUUCAAGUGCAUCCUCUGGCCCUUGUUCGUUGCAGGCCUGGAAUCUCGGGAUGCGUGCCAGAGGCAGUUGGUGGGUGAUUGCCUUCGCAGGUUCUGGUUCGAAACCAAGUGUAUCAAUGUGAUCAAUGCAGAGAAGAUUCUGCAGCGAUUCUGGGCCGAGGCCGAGCAGAAACCGAAUUCUAGGUCCAAUUGGAUCUUCAGUAUGGGACAAGUAGAUGGCGAUUGGCUUCUGAUAUGA